GCAACGAUACUACUAACAUUGUCAGAUACGCCGGCAAUUAUCGCAUAGCGAUGCACUCUAAUUGCAAUAUUUAUUAGUUUUUUGUUGAUUUUUUGUUGUCGCCACGACGACGAGGACGAGGAAGAAGCAGCAGCUGCAGCAGCAUUCACCUCAUCCAUUAAUAUAAUUUUGCAGCUUUAAUCCCCCAACAACCAUCAUCAUCCACCCAUCGUCAUCGUCACCAUGGCGAUGCCGUCGAUCUCAACGAUUGUGGGCGUGGCAUUCUUGGCCUACAUCAUGCAUUCCAUUUAUCAGAUGUCGCAAAUCUUUACAACGCUGCAGUGCAGCGAUUCCCCCUGCUACACAUCAUUCCUGGCCAAUCAACCGCCGAUGCAACUGGCGCUCUUCAGUUCCCUGACACGCAAUCCCAUCGCCUCCGAGGUCCAGGAUCUGUAUAAGCAACAGCGUUUUGACUACACGCAACCCUUCGAUCGCGACUUUGAGGUGAAUGUGCCGCUCAAGACGCGUCGCAAUGGCACCAUGUACCUUCAUGUGGUGCUCGCCCUGGAUGGCGAACCUCUCGACUGGCGCACUCUGCGUCGCGAUGGUCCCACGGUGGUGCACACUCUCAGCCUCUGCGAUUACAUGUUGCCACGCGCCGAGGCCUUCAAUCUGCUCUCCGAGGCGUCGGGCGAGAAAUCAAAGCCAACGGCUAAACCGACCAAGUCGGGAAAGAAGACAACUACAUCGACGUCCAGCUCCGUCGAUCUGCCCACCACACACAUACGCUCCGAUGUCUAUGUGUCGCUGUUGACCGACUUGUUCUCCGUUUCGCAAGCGGAUGUGCCGCCCGAGAUGGCGCCAUUAAUACGCAUCAAUCGCAAGCAACAAAUCCUGCCAAUACUGCAAACGGAUACGUUCAACACCCGACUGAAGCAUCUGCAGCCAGUGACCAGAAAUACCACCGAAUUCACAUUUAGCUUCCAUUACAAACCCGUCGGAGUGGGCAAACUGCGGCUACAGCUGCUCAUGGAGCAUGCCACACAAGCGCUGCUCGUCAUUGGCUUUGCCACCAAGGACAUCGAUGAGGUGAAGGGCAUCUUCUCCGACACCAAUGUGUAUCUGUUGUGCGGCACCAUCUUUAUCUCCAGCGUGCACAUGCUCUUCGACUUUCUCAGCUUCAAGAACGACGUGGCCUUCUGGGCCAAGAAAACCUCCUACGAGGGUUUGUCUACACGCACGAUACUCUGGCGCGCCUUCUCGCAGAUCGUGAUAUUUAUGUAUCUGCUGGAUGAGCAGACAUCGUAUCUGGUGCUUGUGCCUGUGGCCCUUGGCACCGUCAUCGAGCUGUGGAAGUGCAAAAAGAUACUGCGCAUCGAGUUGACAUUCAGCGGAUUCAUACGCCGCAAACUGGAGCAGGUGGAUCGACGCAAUGGCACAAAUCCACCCGAGGAACCGGGCCAAUUGGCUGAACAGCAGACACAGCAAUUUGAUCGCGAGGGAAUGCGUUAUCUCAGCUAUCUGUUGUAUCCAUUAUGCGUAGCCGGCGCCAUCUACUCGUUGAUCUAUCAGCCACAUCGCUCGUGGUACUCGUGGACCCUCAAUUCGCUGGUGAAUGGCGUCUAUGCCUUUGGUUUCCUCUUCAUGCUGCCGCAACUGUUUGUCAACUAUAAACUGAAAUCGGUUGCUGCGUUGCCUUGGCGUGCCUUCAUGUAUAAGGCAUUUAAUACGUUUAUCGAUGACUUUUUUGCAUUCAUCAUCACAAUGCCGACGGCGCAUCGUGUCGCUUGUUUGCGCGAUGACAUCGUAUUCCUCAUCUAUCUGUAUCAACGUUGGCUCUAUCCCGUGGACAAGACACGUCUCGAUACGGGAGUCGCCAUCACCGAAUCGCCUUCAGCUCCUGCUGCUCCCGCUGCUGCUGCAACUGCUUCAAGUGCUGGCGCUCGCAAGAAGCGCGAUUGAAAAACGCUGGGGAAAAGUGUGUAUCAUCGUCUAGCCUCUAGCAUCCAACACAUUCCGUCGAUUUGUUUAGCAAUUAGUCUCAACCAUAGGCUGUAAAUCCCCAUAGCUCCCAUUUGUAAUGUAAUUGUUUAAUGUAGUAAAUGCAAACGAUUUUCCCCCCACAAACAUUUCUCAAUU